GAAUUUGAGUAUAUGUAUGCGCAUAAUUUGACCUGCCAUCGUGAACAAGGAAUUAAGGUUACCAUGAUAUGGAGCGUCAAAUUUAACACAAACCCGAAGAAUUGAUUGAUUGAUUGAUUAAAUAUUGUUUUACGUCCCUCUCGAGAAUAUUUCACUCAUAUGGAGACGUCACCACUGCCGGUGAAGGGCUGCAAAAUUUAGGCCUAUGCUCGGCGCUUAUGGCCAUUGAGCAGGGAGGGUUCUUUAUCGUACCACACCUGCUGCGACACGGGACCUCGGUUUUUGCGGCCUCAUUCGAAGGACCGCCCCAUUUAAUCGGCUCUUACGACAAGCGAGGGGGUACUGAGGACCUAUUCUAACCCGGAUCCCCACGGGAAUAAUUGAAGAUAUUUUUAAUAAUACAUGUAAUUUUGAUUAUAUAUAUAUAUAUAUAAUUGUUACGCGCAUCAAAUGAAUGUAUGAUAUCUUCAAAUAAUUAUAGAUAUCUUCAAUCAAUUUGAGUUUAAGAUAAUUUGGCGCUCUAUGCAAUUGAAAGGCUUGUAUGGUUGUAUCAUACAGUUUCAUUUAAACACUUGAUAUUGUUUUCUGUACUGUAUGCUGGUAUAUAUUUUGCUCAUGAUGUUGACUUUCGACAGGAAAUACUCGAGAUUGACUACACGUUUGAUAACCAGUCAUAUGUACCCUCAGCGAGGCCAAUGGUAUACUUUUAAGAUCAAAGUAUACGGAUUUUAAUUGCUUUUAGUUCUGGUCUACUUCUCAUACAGUUUUAAAUUCACAGUUUUGGGGUCUAUGUUACACACACGUUAUAUAUAGAGUGAGAUUUAUUCACUACAUUUUAAUUUCAUGGGUUUGAAAAUUGAACUGCAACAAAAAUAAUACUGUAUGCAAUAUUUUACCGGACAGAUUCAUGCAUUGACAUUUGUUGUUUGCAUCGUAAAUCACGGGAUGUGUUUUGAUGAUAGAAUGAUACGCUCAUUUCGUUCACUAUAGAUAAAAAGUGUGAACAAAUAUUAAGGAAGAACAUAUAUGUACCUAAUACGUGGUUACAAAAUUAACUCACGAGUGUCAGACGUAUAUAACGAACAGGAUACAGUGAUUACAUUUUGCUAUACAAGGUGUUCUUGUUAUUAGCACUGCGUUAUUUAAAGAGAAAAAGCACACAAGUGCAGACUGUGAAUUAGCAUGAAUUGUUGUUAUUGAAAUAGAAGUGUUUAUAUAAUAGUAUUUUGUUGCUUGUGUUUUAUUACAAAGCAUAUAACAUGUUGUUUGUGCACUUGAUAACCUAUGGUGUUUACGGACAUGCAUCAUAGCUGUAUACACGGAGUGUGCUCAUUUAGCCAUCAUAUACUCAUAUCCUGUAUGGGGUCGUAUUAUAGGGGUGACAGUAUUGUCUCACUGGUAAUGAGACGGGCAGAAACAGACAGUCAUGGCGGAAUUUGAGAAAGAUACCAAGAAAGAUUUUGACUUGGAAGUAGUUCAUGUGAAUUUCAAAGAGAGCUUGAGAGAGAAUGGCGAUGUAGACCUUAAAUUUUACCUGCAGGCGUACAGUGAGUUAGCCAGGUUUUUCAGACUUUGCGGAACCGUAUUUUAUUUUGUGGCCAAGGAUUUGGAGGGGAAAAUCGAUGUAAUUACCCGUCUUGGUCAGAAAGACGGCCACUCGUAUAACACAGUCGGGGCUAUGGUGCUCCACGAGUUGAACUCAGCUCAGAGACCAGGAACAAUGGCGCUGUUGAGGCUCCACAGAGCAUUGGAACUUAUUCUUGAAUUCAUGGAUAGACUUUCUAAGAGUUCUGAUGGCCAAAAGACAUCAGGAAUAGCCGCAGAUGUGUAUAGCCGGACCAUGGCAAAACAUGACACGUGGUUAGUUCAGAAACUGGCGGGAGUUGCCAUGUACACACUUCCUACGCGGAAGGUUCUCCUCGACACAAUGUGUAAACAGGACUACGAAUAUUCCCUUAUGCUGGUACAGCAGGUGAUCAAUGCAGGAAAACCUGUAUAUGAUUCCAUACAUGCAGAAUACGCUAGACACGGAAUACACUAAGGCAGGAUGUUAUAGGAACAGACUUCACUAGACACAGAACACAGAUAAUAUGAUCGCUUUUCAGUCACCGCCAAUUCUUUUCAACGUGCGAACACAAGUGGUGUGUGUGUGUGUGUGUGUGUGACAAAAGAAAUUAAAAAUGGGAAGAAAAUACAGUAGUUCAUGUGGGAAAUGUGGCCCAUGGACCUCUUCUCUCUUCUUGUAUUUAAAAUUCAUUGAAAAGUUUUAACACCUUGACAUAUACAAGUAAUUCAGUGUAUUGAAUUUUCAAGAUAUUGAUGUUUUCUAAAAUCUUUGAAAAGUUUUGUAAACUAAAUAUCAUUUUUGAAAAUCUAAUUUUGAUUCAACAAGGAAAAUUGAAAUCCUACUCUAAAUUCUUCUAGUAUAUAGUAAUUUUGAUAUUAAAAAGUUUAGGAAAUUGAAUUCCAUAAUUAUUAUUCAUAUAUUGUUAGCUGUAUGUUCAAAGCAGAAGUUAAAAGAAGACAUUUACCUUACAUCUAACGGGCUUCAUGUUCGUGUUUCUUUAAUUCCAUUAACUUUUAAAAUAGCCUUCACCUGGUACUGAAUUUUGUUUCGUUUUCAAACUUUUAACGAUGGAGUGCUAAAACACGCAAUUUUAUGUUUGUUUUUGCAAAUUCUAAAUACAUACGAACUAGUCUGCCCUCCUUAAUAUACACUCCAAUCUAUAUAAUAUCUCAGAUUUUUUACUACAUUGAUAUAUAAUGUUUAUCAUAUUAUGUGUCCAUGUAUGUGUACGUUUUUGAGUAUUUCUGUUAAAUGUUAAAUUGUAUCCUAUAUACCAA